CGCGGGCCGGGCCCGAGCGCUGGGCCGGCCGGGCUCUCAGGAUGCUCGGGCAGCACCGCGGGCGCUCAGGAUGCUCGGGCAGCACCACAGGCGCGAUGGAGCCGCCUGAAGGCUGGGACCCCUACGGGCGGCCGGCCCGGCGCACGCAGUGGCUGGUCAGCGCCCUCGCCUACCACUACGGGCUGGACCGAGGCGUGGAGAACGAGAUCGUCGUGCUGGCCACCGGUCUGGACCAGUACCUGCAGGAGAUCUUCCACCACCUGGACUGCGCCGGGGCGGGCCGCAUCCCCGGCGAGGACUUCCGCACGCUGUGCCAGGUGCUGGGUCUGGAGGAGGCGGCGGAGCCCGAGGAGUGCGCGGGGCUAUGGGACGGGCUCUCGGCCGAGCUCACCUUCCGCCAGUUCCACGCGCGGCUCUGCGGCCACUUCAGCACCCGCGCGGGGCCGCGGCUGCCGCUGGGCCGGGAGAGCGAGCACAUCGAGACCCAGAUCCGCCUGCGCAGCCCCCGCCGCCGCCGCCGCCGCCGCGCCGAGCCCGGAGCCGCGGGCAGCGCCGAGCGGCCGCCGCCCGGGCCCUGCUCCCGAGAGUGCUACGAGGAGAUCGUGGCGCUGGAGCAGGCCGAGGACCGCAUCGCCAAGCUGGAGGAGGAGAACGGCAGCCUGCGGGAGCUGGUGGAGGACAUGCGGGCAGCCCUGCAGAGCAGCGAUGCGCGGUGCCUGGCGCUGCAGGUGGGACUGCGGAAGAGCCACACCAGCCAUAAAGAAGAAGGAUCCUGCUUCAUAGGGAGUAAGAGACCAUUAACACAGAACCACUCCCAGACUGAGUGCCUCCAAAGUGUCCUGAAGGAAAUGGAGCUCAUCCGGAGCUCCAGGGAUGGGCAGAUUGAAGAAGCCAUCAGGUUCAACCAGGAGCUGGAGAAGGAGCUGAAGAGCUCUCAGGAAGCUCUGGUCAGCCUGGAAGAUUGCAACCGUAACCUGAAGAGAGAGCAGGCAGAGAUGAGGAGGAAGGUGGAAGAAGCCAGACACGCUGUCCUGAACAGCCUUGGCAAAGUGAAGGAGCUGGAAGUGAGAGCUAAUGAGGUGCCACAUCUGCAGAUACACAUUCAGCAGCUGGAAUCACAACUGCAGCACUACAGGUGGGCAGCAGAGCGAUGGCAGCGUGGCCAGCAGCACAGCCCCGAGCAGAGGGAUCGCCGCUCCCCGGCCGGCACCGCCGAGCACGAGGAUCAGCUCUUCCGCUCCGUGGAGGGCCGGGCUGCCUCGGACGAGGAGGAGGAGAAGUGGGCAGGAGAGCUGGAUCCCCAGCUGGAGCACGGGAAGAAGAUCCUGGCCAAACUCCCUUGCUGUGGCAGUGGAUGUGAUGAAAAGAUGUGGAGAAAUCCGCUGUCCCACCUGGAGAGCACUGACAGGAAGGACCCUGUGGAGCUCCCAGGGAGAAUCUCCCCCCUCACAGAGCAGCCAGAACUCAAGGGCCACCAAGAGAAAAAACUGGAAACAAACAUGGAAGAGAUGAAAGGCCCCUUGCUCGGGGAGCUGCAGCAGAAGGUGGAGGAGGCAGAAGGGCUAAAGAUGGAGCUGCAGAUGUUGGAGACAGAGAGGGUUCGGCUGUCCCUGGUGGAAGAGAAGCUCAUGGAUGUUCUGCAGCUUCUGCAACAACUCCGAGACCUGAACAUAUCUAAACGAGCCUUGGGGAAAAUCCUGCUGAGCACUUUGGAAUCCUGCCGUGACCCCCAACCUGGCAAAGCCCAGCUGUUGGAAGUGCUGAACACCCUCCAGCAGGAGCUGGCCACCUGUGAACUGUUGCACAAGCAGCCCAUGGAGCAGGCACAAAGCCCACGGGCCCUGUCCAACCCCCUGGUCAUCUCCUGCUGAGCCCAGCCAGCCCCAGGACAGCUGGAAGGAGGAAUGAAGGACAUUUGUCCAGCCCAGCCAGGCCUGGACUGGCCAGGAGCGAAGAGUGACCCCAGGGAAGAGCAGCAGCCCUGGGCUGAGCACAGCUCUGCCUUGGCUGGACUGCAAACCCCAGCCCUGGGCUGCCCUGGGGUGCCCUGGGGUGCCCUGGGACUGGGCUGGCACCAAACUGUGCCCAGCACCCUCACCUGACCCACAGCCAUUUACAGCCCUGGGGAUGCAGGGGCUGGCCACAGUCUGCAGCCUCUGUGGAAGCCCCACUCCAAAGCCAAGUGUUACCCCUGGAUUUGUUAUCCCUUACCCUACAAGUGACAAACUGAAUGAUAAACACACCCAGGAGUGUGUGCCAGCAGAGGACGUUGUAAGGGCUCUGUGUUUCUCACUCAAUUAUUCACCUUAUUUAACUCUGAAGCUAGAUUUUUUAUUGCUCUGCUGAAUUUUAUAUUGGCAAUUAUAGAGGUGCCUUAGGAAUAUGCAGCAGCCUUUCCUGUCAACAAAAUCAGGCAGAUUUUACAUAAAAAGUUAAAUUUAAAUGCUUGAAGAAGAUCCAAAGCACUCUUGUUCCCAAGGUCUCAGGGAAAGGAAGGGCUAAAAAAUUCACUUUGCUGUCGUUCUGUGUUAGCAAACAACCCAUGCAGUGCACAAGAGAGUUCUCAAGUUUAAUUUCCCUCAAUGCAGCUGCACAGACACAAAAUUAGCCCCCACAUUCAGGCCAAUUAAUGUAAAAGAGCUGGGCCUAAUCAUGGUGCCAUGGAAUGUUUUAAUCUGCAAUAAAAUAAUUCCUGGGGCAACAGUUAAAAAAAAAAAAAGAAAAUAGGUUUCUUUCAAGGUGUUUUUGCUGUGUCAUUCACCUGCCAAACAGGCAGAAUUCCUAAAAGAGCCAGCUGAAUUUAUGUUAUUGAAAAGAAGCACUGUGGAUCUUUUAAGAAUGUGAAAUUAUCUGCCUGAGAUAAUGCCAGCGAUGAAGUAAGAUCAUUCCACUGUACAUGUAUGAUUUUUUCCCAGAAAAUGGUUUUCAUACAGGAAUAAGGUCCACAAGACAAGAUGGGGAAUAAGAUUUCCAUUCCUUUCCAUUCAGAACACACUGUGCAGCUCACACACACCUCCAUUAAAAAUUGUGGCACAUUUGAGCCACACUGGGAACAAGAAUUUGUAUUAUUUUCAUUUUAUUUCAUUUUAAAGGAGAAAAAAAAAAGGGAUUAUGCAAACAGGGAAACAAACUCUACUCAAUGGUGAUUUACCUCAUUGGGGUUCUUUUUGUAUUUUGGGGGGUUUUUUUUGUGGUUUAGCAGAGGAAGAUUUUAAGAAUAGAUAUAUAUUGUUAAUGAACAUUUUUCUUAUAGAUACAUUAGACAGGACAUAUAUACAUAGAAUAAUAUUCACCCUCUAAGAAAGAAAACUGUCUUUUAAUGCUAAAUAUAUUACUAACAAAAUACCAGAGCAUAAUAUACUAUGAGUAGAACUGAUGGGAUUUUGGUGUGUUUUUCCCACAAGCCAGACAUUUGUAGCAAAAGCUCUGUUCAGCUGCAGCAGUGGUGGGACUGGAGGCAGCACAGAGGUAACUGGCCCUGUAUUCUGCAAAAGGGAUCUCCCUGCUCCAAGUUUGGUUUUAUUCAUAGAAAUUAAUCAGAAAUGCCACAGAGUUUGAAGGAGAAGAAAAGGAAAAAUAAUUGCAUUCACUAGGAAACAAAUUGGAACAUCCAAAAUAAUGGAGAUGAUGAGUAAAGGCAAAAAGCAAAUCAUGGAAGCAAGAGCUCAGGCAAAGCACUCUGAUCUCAGAAACAUGCUUAGAUCACAAUGAAAGGUCCUUAAAACAGCAUAAAGUGCCACUGAAGGGAGGCAGUGAGCAAUACCUAACAGGAGGGGGAAUCCCAGGGAUUUCUCUUUCCUCAUCCUUUUAGCUGAAGACACCUCGUAUUUCAGAGCAGUUCACAGGAUGACUCCUCAUUAAAAAUAUGUAAAGCAAAGCUGCCAGAUUUUCUCUAGUUAUAAACCCUGAGCAGUGCCCUUCAGCUGGAGCAGCUGAAGGUGCAGAAAUGGCCAAGGCAGGAGGCAAACACUGAGUGAUUUCAGAGCUGCUGAUAAGAGAGGAUGGGGAGCUCUCCUUCUCUCAUUGCAGGCUCUGGUUUCCCUGUCAGAGACAGAGAUCCUAUGGCUGUGCUGUGCCUGCAUUUAUGAAAUCUGAUGAGGAAAUAAACUCUAAAUAACCUCCAACCAGCUCCACCAAAUGCAGGAAGUUUCACUGAAUGCAGUCAUCAACACUGGGCUAGAGACACCAAAUGAGGGCAAAGAGAUAAUAAGAAAAUGCAGGAAGAGGCUUGCAGCAUCUUCUAAUGAAUGUACAGUUCUCCUCAGAGGAACUGCUGCUUAUUUAUACCCUGCUGUAAGUGACCAUGUGAUUAAUUCAGCUAGCAACUUGAUCAAACUGACUUUCCAAAUUGUUGGUAUAUCAGCAUUCAGUGAUAGGAAAUAAUAGGAUUAGCACAGCAGCAUUUUCAGCUCUUGAGAUUUUAUCACAGGUCACACUAUAUAAAGGAAUUAUUUAAGAACCCAAGGCGCUUGAUCAGCUUUCAUUAGCAAUCUGCAGCCUUAAGGACCAGGAUAGCUCAAAAUACUAAGCCUAUUAAAAAAAAAAAAAAAAAUAAUAUCCUACAUUGCUUUGAAAUGCAAAUAUCAGGGUUUGAGGAUGCAAUGCAAGAAGUGGAAACUAGGGCUGGCAAUAAUGUUAUCUCACAUCCUGCAGCAAACACUGUGUGGUUGCAGAGUUGGAGAAUGCUCAGGACUGACCUCCCAACCCCAGGGCAGCUCUGCCCUCUGACAUCUCCUCCUGAGUGAAACAUUCCUGACAAUCCAGCUGCUGGCAGCAGGAACUCAGCAGAACAGGACCAGACCUGUCUGCAGGGACUUUUUGGGGCUCUUCAUGGGUGAUCAGGAGUCUGGGCAAACUCUCCUGCAGUUCAGUGUGCAAACAGCUGGGCACAUCUGCAAGGGUGGGUCCCACAAUCGGUGUGUAAACUCAGCAUUAGUGGGGCAGGAGCAAUGGCACUGGAGCUGCUCUCACUGGAGAAAAUUAAUUCAUCACUGCACUGAUACCCAGAGUCAACUGGUUUAUUUCAAAACCAGUGGAGUCAUAGCUUUGUAAAGGACAGUAUAAAAAUAACCAUUGUAUCAAUUAUGGACAGUGAGUGAAAUUCUGCAAUGAGUUCCCACAGUAAACUCAUCACCUGGGCUUUCCCAAUGUAGUCUUUGACAUCAGACACUAAUUAAUAUCUAACUCAUCUCUCCAAGAAUAGCUGCUCAGUGUGGCCAUAAAGUUCAGUGUCCUGCCUUCUACAUUUCCAACUCUUCAAGCAGAAAAUCAGCUAAUGAUUUUAGCUGAUCUUGUUUGUCACCACUCCCUUAAGCAAGGAGCACUCCACAACACUCUGAGUGCUGAACAAUCUCACACCUUUCACAACCCUACUACAGCUGUUCUGCAAUAAACUGGUAAAGAUUAAUGCUUAAACACCUUUAGCAGGCUUGCCUGAAGAAUUAGCAGAGCACUGGAACAAGGUCAUUCAUGGAUAGCUCUUUGUCACACUGGGAAUUCAACAAACAGCCCGAACAGCUGGAACAGAGCAGUGAAAUUAUCUGGAAAUGAGGAUACCACAUGCCACCAUUUAUAUCAGGAGAGGAGGGGCUGGUUUGGACUACCUUUAGCCUGGUCCAAGCACUGAACCUCCAUUAGCACAAAUCCCAGGUAUUUCCAGAGUGAAUACUGCAAUUUAAUUUAAUAUAAAAGGCACGCACGGAAAAUAGAGAGCAGGAGAUUUGCUCUGACAGCUCAAUCCCAAUCCUAAUUAAAACAUUCCCAUAAAUGUGGUGUUGUGUUGUGCCUGCCUGCAGCACUGGAUUGUAUUUUCAAUGACAGUGACUGUGCUUAAAGAGCUAGAAAAAGACCUGCUUUUCAUUAGAGCAAAGCAAGCAAGGCAGAGAUGGGCACAGAGCCUCCAGUUUGCCCAGCCCAGAGCUGUCUAAAUCCAAAUUGAUCAUGAAUAUUUUCAUGAAUCCUCUGAGUUCCAUAAAACACAAACAUGUGAGUUAAGGCCUCUGAUUUAGACAGAUCCCUUAAUACACACAUUUUGUACCUCGGAUUUAUUUGUAUCUUGGAGACAACAGAAAAUAAUUUCCUAAAAAUAAAUCAGUAUUUUGUUCUUUCAGGUAAUUCUUUUGAAUUGAGAAAUUACAGCUCAAGAGCCGAUUCGGGGGAUGCUCAACACUGGAGAAUAAAAUAACUUGGAUGACACCUAGUGGGAAAAUAAGCAAUCACUGGGUGAAAUUCUGAAUGGGGGAAACGGCAAAGAGAGAGGUUCUUUGUGAGAACAGGUGGGAGGAGAGAGGAUUUCCUGAUAAAAUGGAAGAAGUACAAUUUAGGAGAAGAAUUUCCUAAAUGACAAGACUUUAUCUGCCUGCAGAAUAAUCUGAAGAAAUGGGAUUUUUUAGUUGGAAGAGGCAAAACCCCAUUAGGCAGAAUCACGAUAAAUGUGCAGCAGGAAAAAAUAUGGACAGGAGGAAACUCUGAGUCCUCCUAUAUGGAAAUACUCAGAAGGCUUUGACAGCAAAUUCUGCAGAGUGAAGUAGGUAAGAGGAAUAUUUUGGCCUUCAGGCAACUAUAGCUCCUGAUUUGAGAGAAGCCACAGUUUUUCUUUAAUUCAUUUUUGCUAACAAUAUUCCUUGAUGUGAGAAUGAAUUUUGUGAAUUUUUUAUCCUC